AUGGCCGAGUUUACCUUCGUCCAGCUGCUCUCCCGCCCCGAAUUCGCCAUCUUCGACUUUGCCCCAGGCGAGACGCACACGAUUGCUUCCCCAGAAGCACUUGGCACAGCCCGCCACCUCCUCGAAGUGCUCACAGCACACUGCCUCGACGAGCUAGGCUUCGACGCAUCAGAUUCUCGCACUCACGACUCCCAGUUCGAUUCCGACCUAACCGCAUGGUGUGCCGACCACGUGCUCCCGCUCUGCGGUGACGAUCCCUCCAAAACCAAGAUCGUCAACGCCGCCGUACGCACUGCCGCUGUCUUGUCGGACUACCUCUACCCAUAUCACGACUCGACAAGCCGUACCCACCUGGCGCGGAUGUCAGUGGCUGGCAUUGUGCUGGACGAUUUCGCCGGCCAUGAAGAAGCACCCCUGUUCGGGCGCUACGUGUAUGACAUCCUGAUGGGUAGCGAAGCAGCCACAGAACGCAGCGGUUGGCUCGGGUUCUUCACCCGUCUUGUUCGCGAGUACAUCGCCCACUUUGGAGAGAAUGAUCCACGCGCAGGGGUCUUGGGCGGCGAGGCGCUGUUCAACUAUAUCUCUUCGCUGGAGAACGAGAAACGAUUCAACGGAAGCAUUUGGGACGUGCCGCCGCAUCUGAGGCCACCAUCCACCAGCAAGCACAGCUUUCACCAUUGUUGCCCUGCUGGAUUCCCGCGCUGGCUUCGGGCGCAAUCUGGCGCGUCAGCGGCGUAUAUCGCUGGUCUGUUCCACAGCGUGCCGUUCGACUACUGGAUUCCCGCUCUGAAUCCGCUUGUACGGUUCACGGACCGGGUCAACGAUCUUAUGUCCUUUUCCAAGGAAAUACUGGCCUCUGUCAAUCCAGAAGGAGGAAUGGACAUCAACUACGUCACGCUUCAAACUCUUGUCCGCCGCCAGUCUGGGACGCCGUCGCGGUUCGGGCAGGAUGGGAAUCUGUACACCUACCGAGAUGGUCUCUGCGAGAUAAUGGAUGAGUUGGUGCAGGUUGUGCGUGAGGCUGACAGGGCGUUUGUGGAGUAUCCUAGGCAUUGCAGUGAAGAGCAGCGCCGUCUGUGGAGCAUGGACCAGGCUGCUCGGGCGUGGACGGCAUACAAGAACGGGCACAUAAGGAUGCAUAUUGACUCUCCGCGGUGGAGCACGGCGGGUUUGAAAACCGCCGUCCAGGACAGAGAGGCAUGGGUGAAGUUGAAGGCUGACAUACGUGGAGACAUGAAGCAGGCACGCAUAUAA